AUGCCGCGUUCAUCGUUCCCGCUGUCGCUCAUCCAGAUGUUGCGCUCGGGCAGGUAUCAGACACAGUCUGGUCUUGCUGCGCCGCUGCGGCCGCUGUCAGGGGACCCAUAUUUUUCCGUGUGCGCGGAUGGGACAUCGUUGUCUGACCAUGUUGGCUUAGCCAGCCAUUUGGGACCAGCCAUCACCAUCUAUCCUCAGUUCCUGCCCGCCCCCCUCCUUCCCGUGGGCCACGAAGAGAAGAAUAAGGCGCGCAUGCAGCCAUCUGCGAACACCAGUCACCAUCUCUGCGUAUGUCCUGCGCAAUUCCAACGUUUCCAAGUAUAUUGUGAGGGGGUUUCGGAAGCUGCUGGGGGCAGUGUCAAGGUUUAUCUGUACACCUACCACAGCGUGGGCGAUGCUAACUUUAGCCAGCAGCACGAUGAUCGCCUCGUGCGCGUGCUGCGUCGGGUCCGCUAUAAUUUCUCGCGCUACCUCACGACAGCGCGGAUUCGUAUUCGGGAGAAGGACGAGGAUACGGGUAUUCUCAACUGGGAUGUCGAGCGUGAUGAAAAUGCUUUGAUCAUGGACAGCCUCAUGAAGGUUCUCGAGCUGGUCUUGCAGGAGAAGUCCACUGACGCUGUCAUGUUAACCCGCGUCGACCGCAGGCGCAGGGAUCCAAGAACGUUAGCGAAUGUGAGGUGGAAUGUCACGGAUGUCGCUCAAAGGGAGGGCGUGAAUUCUCUGAAAAGAGAGAAGAGGCCAUAUGACCCCUUUUUCGCUUUGCCGAUCAAGCACGUCGAAUUGUUUAUUCCAGUUUUUGAGGAUGUCGCCGUCAAUAUAUUUAACAGCAUGCCCAUAAGAGCGCGCUGCUUCAGAUUAUGA